UAAUUAAGUGCAACAAAACGCGCGCGUUGCCGGCAACCGUCGAAUUUUGCAAUUAUUUGCGAAUUUUCAUUUUAAAAUCGUAGAACUAAACCAAAUUAUAGGUAACCAAUCGAUGGUUCUACAGCUCUGAUUGCAUCAUGUCCACCAGUUCCUCCAGCAAUGCCUGCAAGCUGCUGCUCCUCGGCCGCUGUCUGCGCGCCGUGCUCCUCAGCGUGGCCAUUCAGUUCCUGCUGCUCACCGUGUUCCUGCUGUCGGUGAACUUCACUCUGCUCCAUCCACUCGAAUGGGUGACGGGAACACUGCGCCUGGUGGCCAGCUGGUACACCUGGUUCGCCAGCAUCCCUCUGGUGGCCUCCGUCGUCCUCUAUGGCGUGUCCCUGUGCCAGCAGCACCUGUCGGAGCGUCCCUACUGUCCUACGCGAUACCGCUGGCUCCUUCACUACGGUCCACGCAAGCUGCUCUUUCUGGGCGCCCAUCUCCUGGUCGGACUCCUCACCGCCUGGCUAUACACUGGCUAUCUACACACGGACUAUCAGCAUCUGCGAUACAAGUGCUAUGCUAAGGAAUGCGUGAGUGCCUACCAUGUCUAUCUGCUGGGCAUGGGCAUUGCCGCCGGCUGCUACUACUUCGUCUCCGUUCACAUGCGCCAGGAGAUCUUAAUUGAAUUUCCCGUCGUCGAGCAAUCUCGGGCAGAGAAGUUGCGUGAACUACUGUACGGCAGUUUGCCCCGAUCUCUGGUUAGAUCCUUGCUGCCCACGCAGUACACGCUCGCCUUUUGGCUUUUCGGACCUAUAUGCCGCAAACUCAGUACCAUUCUCUUCGUGGACGUUGACGAGCGACUUGAGGGAUUCUUUGGCGUGGCGACCAAUUUGCGACUGCUUUUCUACGGCUAUUUGCUGACCGCCCAGAUUCUGAGUAACAUGCACCUAAUGCGCUGCUUCUAUGGCAUUCUGCUCUCGGAGGAUCUGCCCCUUGUGGUGACCAAACAGCGAGCUGCCUUUGCCCAUGAGCGAAUAACCAUGGUGGCGGGACUUGGAGUCUUCAACGUUUACGUGGUGCAGUGCCUGGCUGCUCACUACUUCUACAAGUUGGCUUUGCGAAAGGAUUCGACACAGCGGGCGGAGAUUUUCCAGCUCACUGAGCCGGGCAAUCGGCCAGCAAAUUGGCGCUCCCUUUGCGCAUGCCUGAGUAUUCUCGGCAGCUUCACCGAGGAACUCACGGAGUCCAUGCAGAAGAUAAGUGUGCUCAAGGGAGCGCAGAGUCUGCCCAUGCCAAAAAUCAGCGAACCCGUUUCAGCCAGUUUGAUGGCGGAGAAGCUGCUGCUGCGACAGUACAACCAGAUGCACGGCAUCCGACCUAUUGUGCCGCCCAAGAAGGAGGAUGCCGUUGAUCGUGCCCCUGAUGGCAUCCGCUAUAUGCCUAACUGGUGUGAGCGCGUCUCCACGCAGCUGGAGCAGGCUCUACAGCGUCUGAUCCAGCGAGUUCCCGGCAUUGUGUACCUCUUCAACGAACCUGAAGGUUCCAAGACGACGUUUCUGCUGGCCAACUCUCUGCCUGUGGUUUAUAUGACGCAAGCUCUGGCACAGAUUUGUGUGGCAUCGCUUAAAGAGGAUCCAUAUGGUGUGGUGCAGAAUGAUUUGCCGGCCAUUAUCAAGGCGAUAAACAAGCUGAGGAACGAGCUGGACAAACUGAGUAGCGUGAUUGGCAAUCUCAAGGCACCUAUCUCCAGUUUCUAUGUCCUACGAUGUGCUGUGCGCCGCAGCCUGUACGCCAUCUGCAACUCCUUCUGCGACUACCUCGGCGAUAUCCUGCCUCCCGGUGAGGAACUGCAGCAGCUUCAGGACCUCGUCUGCCAGUAGUAGAAUCCUUCAUCCAUCACAUAAACACUCAUUUUGUACACUGUUUUGCAUCUCUUUUUUCUUUAGUUGUGUCUGCGGUAACAAUAAAAAUUAAUAAAUAUAACUACAAA